AUGGAAAAGAGGCUAAAAGAAUUAUCAGAAAUACAUUGCUUCAUUGAAGGAAUCGAUAAAGAAGUGUCAGUAAUAUUACAGGGCUUAAAAUGGGAUAAAAGACGAUUAUUGGAGGAUGUACCAAAAGCAACUUGCAGUUAUGACAAGAGUCAUAAACUGCCUCCAGAUAGGAAGGAAUUUCAUGAAAUGCAGUGCUUCUUGAAAUCCCAUGGUUAUGAUAAAGAUGAUCUAUUGCUGCCUGACCCAUUGGAUAUAAAUGCUAACACUCUCAUUAAAUUUGAUAAGCAAGCCGUCAUAACAAUAAUAAACAAUGCAUCAUGUUCCGACCCAUUAUUCAAAGAAUUUAAAUGCAUGUUCUUCCGCAGGCAU